CCGGAAAUACGUCACGUACAAUCGAAACGGUCACCCGGACAGCAGAUCUGUGAGUUUGCCCCACAGCUCCUUGUUUCAUCCAUUUCAGACCUAGCCGUCAGUGAGGACCAUGGAGAGUCUCGGCGUCCGGCCCGGGGACCAGGUUCUGCUGGUCUGGUCUCAGCCAUCGUCCCCUGCAGCUCUGAAGCAGUUUGCUGAGGAGCUGAGCUCGGCGGUGGGUCCUGAGGGGCAGUUUUCGGUGGAGAAUCUGGAGCGGCUGCAGCUGUCCUCCCGACCCGCGUCCUCCUUCCACUGCGUGCUGUCCGGCCUGCUGACCGACAGCUCCAUCGUCCACAGCUCGGACACUCUGGAAGAGCUGGCCCGAGUCCUGAAGCCUGGAGGCCAGCUGGUUCUGGACGAGGCGGUCACAGGAGCAGACGGCCAGAGUGUGCGGACCAUCGACAGACUCAUGUCGGUGCUGAAGCUCUCCGGCUUCAUGUCGGUGGCAGAGGUCAGCAGAACCCAGCUGAGUCCAGAGGCUCUGAGCGUCCUGUGCUCGGCCACCGGAUACCAGGGCAACACGCUGUCCCGGGUCCGAGUGUCGGCGUCCAAACCCAACUUCGAGGUGGGAUCAUCCAGUCAGCUCAAGCUGUCCUUCGGGAAGAAGAAGACUCCUCCGACAGCAGAGAAACCAGCUCCGGACCCGAACGCAGUUAAGAUGUGGAUGCUGUCGGCGACGGACAUGAACGACGAGGACGUGGACCUGCUGGACUCUGACGCCCUGCUAGACGAGGAGGACCUGAAGAAGCCCGACCCGGCGUCGCUGAAGGCGCCCAGCUGCGGGUCUGGAGCCGCCAAGAAGAAAGCCUGCAAGAACUGCACGUGUGGUCUCACCGAGGAACUGGAGCAGGAGAGUAAAGGAAGCCAGAAGUCCAGUCUGCCCAAGUCUGCCUGUGGAAGCUGCUACCUGGGCGACGCCUUCAGGUGCGCCAGCUGCCCGUACAUGGGGAUGCCGGCGUUCAAGCCUGGAGAGAAGAUCCUGCUGGCGGACAAAACUCUGUCGGACGUGUGACAGCGACGACGGACCUGAGACGUCUGAUAUUCCUGCUCCAGUGUCGCGAUGACAAGCGUGUUCCAUGCAAUAUGCAAACGGGAAGCAACGUGCGAUCUCUUGGUUCUGCCUUUCUGUUCCCGAUCAUGCAAACUCUACCAUCCUUCUGUCGC